UCCUAUAACGUAACCAGCUUGUUUACUCAGGUUAAGGAUUCUAUCCCCGUAAAAUAUCAAACAAUGCUUUACAGCAGUAAGGAAAUGAAAGGCACAUCAUGAAAUAGAUAAAAUAUAAAGAAAUAGAUCAACUAAAUCUUGCUAUGAUAAAAUACUCAAAAGUAGUUUACAUUACACUGAUAAUACACCCUCGAUACUCCAGUGGUUAGGUUCACUUAGUAAAAGUCAUAGUAAAAUUGAAGGCACGUGGCCAGCUAUUGAUUGGUCUCAAAUAGUCUUCAAAAUAGUCUUCUUGUCUCAUCCAAAAAGUGGCACACACUGCGCCUUCGAUUUUGCAUAUUCCAGGGGUGCAGAGAGCGAAUGUGUGCGUAUCCCCUGGAUAUCGAGGAUGACAGUGAACCAGGGGUGCAGAGAGCGAAUCCCCUGGACUAUCGAGGAUGACAGUGAACCAGGGGUGCAGAGAGCGAAUCCCCUGGACUAUCGAGGAUGUGAUAAAAAUGUCCUACAAUUAUACAAGAGAUCAACCAAUACAACGGUUUCAGAAUUUGCAGGCUUUGCGUUAUCGGGUGAUAAUUACUAGCGCUAUACCACCAGCUAAUAUAUCCAUGGUCAUCGCCAGUAAGAGCCCCUCUCAUCCUGUGGGAAGCGUCGUACGGGCGUUCUCGGGAUGGCGCACGCACACACUUGUUUCAAACGAGCAAGCUCAGGGAAUUGGACGCAUACCGGAAAUGAGUGAUCUCCCUCUGUCAUUGGCCCUUGGCACCAUGGGAAUGACAGGGAUGACAGCUUACUUUGGUUUCCUGGAGCUUUGCCAGCCAAAGGAAGGAGACACUGUACUUGUUAACGGUGCUGCUGGAGCAGUGGGCAGUCUGGUCGGACAAAUCGCCAAAAUAAAGGGGUGCAAGGUGGUUGGAUGUGCUGGUACUGACGACAAAUGCAAGUGGCUGAAGGAGUUAGGUUUUGAUGAGGUCUUUAACUACAAGAAGGUUGAUCUAUCCGAGGCUUUGAAAGCAGCCGCCCCAGAUGGGUUUGAUUGUUUCUUCGAUAAUAUUGGAGCAGAUUUUACUGCUACUGCACUGAAACACAUGAAGCAGUUUGGCCGUGUUUCCAUUUGUGGACAGAUGUCUGUCUACAACAACAAGGAACUCCCAAGAGCUGAAUAUCCAUUCAUGCUCAUCCUCGGGAAACAGCUUAAGGUUGAGGGAUUUAACGUGAUGCGGUGGUAUCCGAGGUGGGCGGAGGGAGAAAAGGUUAUGGCACAAUGGAUCAAAGAGGGAAAAAUCAAGUACAAAGAAACAAUUACUAAGGGUUUCAGAAAUAUGCCGAAUGCCUUCAUCGGACUGUUCGAUGGUGCUAAUACCGGGAAAGCGAUAGUCACAGCCUAAUGUGACUACGAUUCUACGUCAUAGAUUUACCGUGACGUCAAAAAACAAGAUGAUCUUACGUCACAGAGAUAGCAUGACACCAAUAGACCAGAUAACACAGGAAAACAUUAAAAUUAUUUGGUGAAGUUAAUGAUUCUCAUCAAAUCAGAAAUAAAAGCACUUAUUUGCGAAGGCUUAUAAAAGACACGUUCUUACGAGAGCAGGUUACUUUUUCAUUUACCUACUCAUUCGAAAUGUUUCAUGCAUCGGCUUAAAUCGAGUUAAGAAUUCCGAGUUUCAUCUACCAAAGUAUCAACGAUCACAAUGUCACCCUAUUUUAUACAUGUACUCCAUAUAUAUCAAUAGGUGUGCUAUUUCCCUUGUUCAGGUGAAAGUGAAUAUAUGUUUGGAACUAAUCAUUUACACGUCCGUUUUUAUGUAUUGAAAAAUAACGGUAUUUGUUUUUCGGGAUGGGAAUUGUAGCACACCUACACUAUUUUAGAUAUGACGUCAUCAUCAUUGUGCUGGAUUGAGCUGACGUUAGGAGCAUCCUUACGUAACUACAAAGAUUGUAAGUGUAUCCAUCCCCUUUGUA